AUGGCAACCAGUAACAAGGCUGAUCCUGAAUGGAAGAGUCACAAGGCUACAAUUGAAUCGCUGUAUGUGAAAGAUCAUCUCAAACUUGAAGGCCGCGGAGGCCUCAUGGACACCAUGGCCAGAUCCCAUGGAUUUGUGAAAAGCAAAUCGCAGUAUGAGAGCCAUUUCAAAAUUUGGGGCAUGCGUAAAUAUCGAAAAAAAGAUGACUGGAGAAGCGUCGGACGGAAGAUUUCAGAGAGAAAGCGGGCAGGGAAAGAUAGCAGUGUUUACAUCAAUAAUGAAGUCAUUCCAAAAGCGAGAGUUCAGAGGCAAAUUAGACGUCAUGAGUUCACUACAACUUUCGGACAAAUACUUCCAGCAUCAAGUCCGCGAACUCCCGACGGCUUUGAGAUCCGCACACCCGUAGCAGAAGACUCAACAGUCUUCUCCGAGCUGCAAGAGGCGAUACCCACCUUGCCACACAGGACGGGGACAAACAACUUUCCGUUCGCUCAGUUGCAAACCUUAUCCUCCUCCUUGCAGCCUUGGGAGCGGACGGAUGGUUUCCCGGACUCCCAAUUGCAGAACGUAACAUCCUCCCUACCACCUUGGACGGAGACGGACGAUUUUCGGCUCCCCCCAUUGCAAAAUGGAACACCUCCCCGUCCCAGAUUUGACGGGACCCGAUGA